AUGAGUGAAAAUGAUUCAACUGAAGGUGUUCAUGGUCUUAUUCGACGCACAGCAGAUUUAGGAAAAUUGAUUUUGGCUGCAAACAAUAUAAGUCAAAAACAUAUGGAAUAUUUACCAUAUCCAGAUUGGAAUUUCAAUGAAGAACCUGAAGAAUUUCUUCAAAAAACUUCUGCUGAUAAAAAUGAUGAACAAUAUCCAUUAGAACAGAUCUACUUACGAUGUAAUAAAACAUUUCUGUGCGGUCAAUCAGUUCAAGUUAUUAAAAUUGAAGCAACAAGAAUAUAUCAUGGAGUAAUAGAAUUCUUCUAUCCUUAUCUAUAUGCAAUAACUAUUCGUUAUGGUUCAAAGUUUGAAUGGACAAUUAAAAAACGUUAUAAAGACUUUGAUAAUCUUCAUCAAGUUCUUCGAACUUAUGUGACAUCAGAAUUAGUAAAAUCUCGAAAUAAUUUAAACAGUGUACGACCAUCUACAACAACUGAUGAUCAUGAUUCUUCUAUUGAAAGACAAGAGAAACAACUACCAUGUUUUCCAACUCGAAAUGAUCGUAUGGCAUUCAUUAAUGAAUCUUCUAUAAAUGAACGAUGUAAAAUCUUACAAAAUUAUCUCAAUAAUGUACUUAAACAUCCAAAAUUUCGUGAACAUAGUGCAAUGAGAAAGUUUCUUGAAGUGAGUCCACUUUCAUUUGUACAAGGAUUAGGAAAGAGUUUACGAGAAGCUGAACUUUUCAAACGAUCUAAUGAUGAUUAUCGUGGUCGAUCAAUCUUUGUUCGAUUAUUUUUUUUAUGUGAUACAUGUAAAUUUCAUCGUACUCGAAAAUGGUUUGUUAUUAAAGAUUCUUAUAUUGUAUAUAUGAAACUUGCUUCGGCUCUUGUUGGAUUUCCAAUGCUUGUUGAUCAGGAAUUUUCUCUUGAUCGACGUUUUCGAAAAACAAAAACAACUCAUGGAAUUCGAAUAAAAAAUUCACAACGCUUAAUGGUUAUUAAAUGUCAAAAUAGAUAUGAACAAGAUAAAUGGUUCAAUACAUUAAUGGAAAUUAAAAAUAAAUCACUUUUUACUCAACAAAAUCCAUUUAAAUCAUUUGCACCACAAAGAAAACAACAAUAUGCACAAUGGUUUGUCAAUGGUCAACCGUAUAUGGAAGCAUUAGCUAAAGCAAUAUUAGCAGCGCGUGAAGAAAUAUUUAUUAGUGAUUGGUGGCUUUCACCAGAAAUAAUGCUUAUUCGUCCAUAUCAGGAUGAUUCAAUGCGACUUGAUAAUCUUCUCGGCAAACGAGCUGAAGAAGGUAUUCGUAUUUAUAUAUUGGUAUUCAAAGAUUUAAUACCAAUUGUUGGUUUAAAUAGUUAUCAUACAAAAAAGAAAUUAGUUAGCAAAAGUCCAAACAAGAAAAAUAUUAAAAUUAUUCGACAUCCUGAUCAUCGAGUUUUACCUGGAACAGAAUCAUCAUUUCUCUAUUCACAUCAUGAAAAAACUGUUGUUAUUGACCAACGAUUAGCUUUUAUUGGAGGUCUUGAUCUUUGUUGGGGUCGAUGGGAUACCGAUGAUCAUCGAUUGGUGGAUUUGAGUAAUGAAAAUAUUACAAAAUUGAAAUCUGCCGAAGAAUUAGCAAAUCAAAGUGAUCAAGAAUCAAACAAAGAAGAAGCUGCUGUAGAUACAAUUAAGGAAAUGGCAGAAAAUAGUACCCAUCAGGGCAUAGCAGAUAAACAUCGUUAUAAUGAAUCUUAUCCUUAUCUUCUUCCAAAAACAUAUGAUGAUCAUGAACUAGUUGAUACAAAUUUUCUUCGUUCAAUUCUUCCUGAUGAUCGACCACCGAUUCGUAUUGAUGCUCAAUGUGUUCGUUCUGCAUCAUUUUGGUCAUGUGGAAUUAGCACGGUCGAACAAUCCAUUGAAAAUGCCUACAUUCAUAUGAUCGAAAAUGCUCAACAUUUUAUUUAUAUUGAAAAUCAAUUUUUUGUCACAAUUGCUGAGGAUUCAACAAUUAAAAAUCAUAUUGGCGACGCACUUUAUCAACGUAUAAUACGAGCACAUUCUAAUAAAGAAAUAUUUCGAAUAUAUAUUGUAUUACCGUUAUUACCUGGUUUUGCUAAUGCUAAUACUAUUCAAGCUGUACUUUAUUUUAUUAUGAGAUCGAUUAAUAAAGGUGAAAUGUCACUCUAUCAAAGAUUAAAACAGAAUGGUGUAUCUAAUCCUGAAGAUUAUAUAACAUUUUAUGGUAUGCGAAAUUGGGAUAUAUUAAUGGGUAGUUUAGUAACAGAAAUAAUCUAUGUUCAUUCGAAAUUAAUGAUUGUUGAUGAUCGAAUGUGUAUUUGUGGAUCAGCUAAUAUUAACGAUCGUUCACUUAAAGGUUCUCGAGAUUCGGAAAUUUGUUUAGUUGUUAAUGAUAUUGAAAUGAUCGAUUCGUAUCUAAAUGGACAUAAAGAAAAAUAUUUUAUUUAUUUUUCAAGAUUAUUAUUAGGUAUAAAAAAUGAAGAUGAGAUGAAUGUUGAUGAUCCAUGUUCAGAUGAAUUUUAUCAAUGCUUUCGUCGAAUAGCACAACAAAAUACUCAAAUUUAUGAAGAAGUAUUUAAUUCAUUACCUACCAAUCAGAUACGACGAUUUGCUGAUGUUGAGGCUUAUGAAAAACGACCGAAAUUAAAAGAAACUGAUCCUCAAACAGCUCAUGAUAAAUGUAAAAAAAUUCAAGGUUUCAUUGUAGAAUUUCCUAUUGAAUAUCUAGCCGAUGAUGUUAUUAUGCCAAAAUGGAAUACAUCAGAAGGUUGUUUUUUUCUCCUAUAG